AUGAGUAGAGAGAAGGAUGAGGCGUUGUUUCGUAUACUCCGUAUUUAUGAUGAGCCAGAGGAGAUGAGGAACGAGCUCGAAAGCUCUGGCAUUUCCUCCCAGUGUGAGCACCAAGCACAGUCCCAACCAGAGGGGGUGUAUGGAAUGCCCCAGCAGACCCCUGGUUUCCUGACACAGCGUGGCCUGGUUUGUCAGGAGAUGAGCGCCGGGACCCCACAGCAGUGGGUCCUCCAGACUCCGGGCAGAUCUGAGCUCCAGGCCAGUUGUCUCCCCCAGACAGAGCCAGAAGCAGCCGCAGAGCUGGACCCCAGCUUCCUGCCAGGACCCAAGUUUGGCCAGCCUUGCCCCUCACCUCCUCCCAGUGAAGAAGUCUGGUCGUUCCUCAGGACAAUUCCGCCUGUUCCCAAUGAAGCGGUGGUCAGGCAGAGGGUCCCCCGGCGGUGCUGGAAGGUUGGCAGGCUCCGCCACGGAAAGAAAGUCUACGCUGUGGCCAUCAGCAGCUCGACUCACCACGUGUACACGUGUGGCCACGGCUACAUUAAAGUCUGGGACGAGAGCGCCCUGCAUGCCCUCAGCAAGGCCCCACAGGCCCAGCUGGACUUACAGGACCACCAGAACUGUGUCCUGGCCUGCAAGCUGUUCCCGGACGAGCAGUGCCUCAUUACCGGGGGUCUGUCCCGGAGCCUGACCCUGUGGGAUCUGGCGCCCACACCACGCGUCAGGGCCCAGCUGGCCUCCACGGGCCCCCUGUGCUAUUCCCUGGCGCUCUCCUCCAAUGCCCAGAUCUGCUUGGCGUGUUUCAAAGGAUUUGUCGAGAUUUGGGAUUUGCAGAACCAAAUCUUGAUCAGGAAGCAUGAGGUCCCUGAAUAUGGGUCCCGCUGCGUGGACAUCGCAGGCAAUAAGUUCUGGACAGGAGGUGAAGACACCAGACUCUAUUCCUGGGACCUGAGGAGCUACCAGAGGUUGCAGGAGCACGAGUUACGGCAUGAGAUCCUCAGCAUUACCCACGAGCCCACUGAAGAGUGGGUGCUGGUAGGCCUGAGAACAAGCGACAUUAUAAUUCUCCACACACACCGGCCAGAGAAGUUUAAGGCAGUCUUGCAUAAGUACGUCAACCACCACAACCUCAAGUUUGCCUCCUGUGGGAGCUACUUCGUGACUGCGAUCGACGAGUCGAUCCACUGCAUAGCUGCACCUUCUCUACAAAGGUUGUUUCAGGUAGAGGAGCCGACAGAUGUCCUGUGUUGUGAUGUGUCUGCUGACAACCAGUAUCUGGUCACGGGCUCCAAGAACAGUGCCACAGUUUACCAGCUCUUGUACUGAAGUUUGCGUGCUGUGUUCCUGCUGGCGAAGACCCAGAGGAGGCCAGCAGGCCGAGGGCAUGGCAGCCUCCGUGG